UAUGUGUAUCUCUAAAAAACAAAAACAAAAUAGUUGUCUACCUAAUUUCACAAAGAACCACGAUGAGUUUUCAUAUUAUGAAAAUAAUCUAAAACAUAUUCCUUGUCUAAACUCUUUAGUAUGUCACUCUCGAUGUACCUUGCCAAGCAAUCAUUCAUCCAACUGUCACCCAUCUGAUUCCGAAGUUUGUUCUUGAUGUAGCUCAUUGCAGAAAAAGCUCUCUCCACACUUGCAGUUGCAACAGGUAAGAUCAAACCUAUUUUUACAAGCAUAUACACCAAAGGAUAUGACAGAUGUUUAUUUGUCUUCACCAUCUUCUUAAAAAGCUCUGCAAUUCCUUUCAGUUCUCUAAAAUCUUCAUUCGACAUCAUAUGUAUCAAGCUGAUCAUCUGAGCAUGAGAUGUCCACAUCUGAGAAAUCUUUAGGAUAAAACGUUGCCAGCUUCAACAACAUAUGCUUCUUAAAAGCAGCAAAUGAAUUGUCAGGAGUUAAGCAAGCCAUACAACACAACAGUUUAGUGUUCACCUCAUCAAAACAAAUGUCAAGCUCUUGCAACUGCAUAUGCACAACUGUAUAAAAAAAACUGAACUUGGAAAUGAUGCAUAUUUGUGAUUUGUUGACCAUUCCUCCUUGAUCUUCCUAGAGGAACAUAAGGACCAUUCAUUAGGGGUGGCCGAACGGUUUUCGGUUAUCAGUUAACCACUGGUUACGACCAAACCGAUCGGUUUUUGGCUAACCGAAAACCGCUCCUAUUUUGCCAUCGGUCGGUCUUCGGAUGAACACCCUCGGUUUCUCGGGUAGCCGACCAUCUUCCCCUUUCAUCCAAAACGAGCCCACACCACUAACUCCCUCCCCAAAAACGACCCCAAAAUCCCAAAAACGACCCUCUCCCACCCUAACCCUAACCUUCUCCCCAUCUCUCCCUCUCGUCUCCCCCAGACAGUCACCCACAGCCAGCCCACCCCCACCCUUACUCGCCCAGCGCAGAGCCGCAAACGACCAGAACCCACCUUCGCCGGCACCGUGACAUCACCGCCCACCCAUGACUCGUCUCCCCCCGCCCAGCCGUGCGCUUGCCUGGACUCCGCGCCCUCGCAUGCAACCUACGACGACGCCCCCUCUGACUCGCCGGCUUCGCAACCUCACCGCCAUCCACGAAGUCGCCGGCCGUUGCAGAUUUUUCGCCUCCUUUACAGAUUUGCCGGCCUUUGAUCUCCUGUCAUUGUUGGAUCUUGUCUCGGCGAGUUCUUAGUCACAAGCUGGAAUUGAAGAAAAGGAUUGAUGGGUUUGAGAAGGAGAAUGGAAGAAUUGAGAGGAAGAAUUAGAAGGAAAUGAGGGAGAUCAGAGGGGGAAAUGAAAAGCACAGAGAAGAAGAUAGAAAGGAAAGGGACAAGAGAAACUGAGUUCAAUUAGCUCCUCCUAGAUCUGGGUUCAAUACAUGGCCGUUUCAAAUUCCCCCAACCGACAUCAGCAUUCUGGUAAUCACUGCUAACCGAACCAAAACCGAUAACCGGUCGGUCGGUGGUCGGUUAGCCCUGACUUUCCUCACGGUCCGUGGUCGGCAGCACUAGGGAGUGCUUCGGUUUAACCGAUAAUCGAGAUUUCAUUUUCGGUUAAACCAAAACCGACCGACUGCCACCCCUACCAUUCAUAUCACAAAUGGGUAGACAUUUUUUGCUACAAAAAGACAAUAGUUAAUUCAGAAGUGGUUCCCAUCCUUUAUCCUCAUGUCUUGCAAUCUAUUUUUGGUGUUUGAACAAGUGUCAUUGUAUUUAUGAUGUCUUGAUCUUUCCUUUUCAAUGUCAAAGACAACUCAUUUGUGAUGGCUAGAACUUUAGUCAUCAUCCUCAAAAUGAAAACAAAAUUAAAGGUUUGAAUGAAAGUCAACAUAGCUAUUGCUUCACCUUUUGCUUCAGAAUUUCCCUCACACCGAAUGACAUCCAAUCCAUCAAUCACACCAGUGAACAUCUAAUUCAAAUUAACAAGAGUACGACAAUGUGCCCCCAACGAGUAUCACCUGGUCUCUUAAGCCCAAUCUCUUGAUUCAAACCUCGACUACUCCCUAUUUUACCACGAGUUAAGAACUCGACAACUCUAAUAACAUGGUUCUCGCGAAUAGUCUCUUUGUUUGCAAGAUCUGCCAACCAAAUUGAGCAAGUUACCAACAAUACUAAAGAAACAACUAACAUCUCCAUGAUUUUUAGCAACAGCAACAAGUGUCACCUGAAGUUGAUGGGCAAAACAAUGGACAUAGUAUGCAGAUGAAUUUUCUGUCAAGAUUAAUGUUUUGAGUCCAUUAAUCUCCCAUUUCAUGUUGCUUGCACCAUCAUAACCUUGUCCCCUUUCUCUUGUCAAGCUUAAUCCAUGUCUUACGAGCAUUGAAUCGAUCACCAUCUUAAGGCUCAAGGCUUUAGUGUCUUGAACAUGAGAAAUAUCAAGAAAUCUCUCUACAACACAUAUUUGCCCAUAUACAUAUCGCAAUGCAAUGGCCAUUUUCUCUUUCACCGACACAUCAUGAGACCCAUCCACCAAGAUAGCAAAAAAACUAUCACCAAUAUCUUGAAUGAUUUUCUUGGUUGUUUGAGAUGCUAUGGCAUGAACUAUAUCUUUUUGUAUGUCUGGAGAAGUCAUCUGAAUAUUUUUAGGAGCCUUUCCUAACACAACUCUUUGUACAUCUUCUCUACCACGAGCAUGAAACUCUAGAGGUUCAAGAAAAUUACCUUUAUCUCUUGAAGAAUCUUAUUCAUCAUGUCCAUGAAGUGCCAAUCCAUUGCGUUUAAGAAAUGUGAUGCAGUCAACCGAAGCCUCUAGACAAUCCUGUAGUCUUUCUUGGCUUUAUUCGACUGUUUACAUAGGGAAACUUGGAUACUUUGUGACUGUUUUAUCAGAGCCUCACAAUUUUUUGAAGCUAUAUUGUGUGGACUAUUAGGACCACCAACAUGAGCAUCCAGCGCCUCAAUCUUAUUCCAGCCAUUAAAACCUUCCCAAACAAAAGCAUCACUUCCACCCUUGUUUGCUAUCUCACUUUUAAAUAAGUAACAAUGCAAACAGUAAGCAACAUCUUUGGAAACAUUGUACUCUAGCCACGAGUACCCAUCGUACCAAGAAGAACUAAACCUUCAUUUCCUUCUAACCAAUAUCUCUAAAGGGAAACUGCCGUAAUUGUGGUUGACAUGGUAUUUUUUGAAGAUAAGCUCUUCUAGUCUCUUCGUUAGCAUUAGGGUUGAAUGAUGUUAUUGGUUGUCUUAAUCCCGAGUCAGCCUGUAGAGAAUUCACAUCGAAUUUCUUAUUCUUGGCUAAUGAGGGAGACUGACGUGGUUCUUGACAGAACAAUGGAGGUCCAGUAUCUUUGGGAACGGUAGAGUUGGAUGCUGGAGUAGUAUUCACUUUCUUUGCAAAAUACUACUCCAUAACUUCAUUAGAAUCUAUUCAGUCAACACAAUACUAAUCAAUAUAUAAUUUAGAUUUCAAUCGAUAAAAUAUGAUUUUUACGAAUAGAUUCUUCUUCGAAAUUGGAAUAAUGGUUGAACAUGGAAACAAUUAGCAAUCACAUAAAGUAAUAGUACAUAUAGUUGUGUUUUGAUUUUUGAAUAUGAAGCAAUAACAAGUCGCUAGUCGGGGUAGCGCCGCAAUGGAGGAGAGGAGACAGAGCUUGAAAACUUCUCUGUGACUCGGGUAGUAUCCUUGCAAGAAUGUAUAAGGCAAGAUAUCAUUACAAUGAUCACUUCCUCCUAGCCCGCCAGGGAGUCCGCCCCUCAUGGGCUUGACAAGGUAUUCUGCAGGGGAGAGACCUAUUGAGUAAAAAUCUAUGUUGGCAAGUAGGCUCAGGAUCUAGGAUAAACACUUUACAAGAUCUUGGCUGCCAACAGACCCUUCAUCUAGCCCUGUACAUCUAAUAAACACUUCUCUAGAUCAUCCAAUGGUGUCAUUCCUUAUGGGCUCUAACUCUAUGGCUUUGAAUUCAGACUUGCUUAAACCCUUAUUUCAUCCUGUUAUGGUGGAAAAAAUCUUAUUCAUCCCUCUCCUAUCUUCCCCUCAAGAAGACAGAUUGAUUUGGCAGUAUGACAAGUCUGAUCACUACAGUACCACCUCAUUACGUCUAGAUUAUAUUCACCCACUAACGCCUUUCCAUAUUUUUUCAACACCAAAUUCUGGAAAUACCUAUGGAAUAUUCCAAUACCUCCUAAACUCAAAUUCUUCCUUUAGGAGAUUGGUACGUGGAUUCCUUCCAGUUAAAUGAUUUCUUUUUAUAAGAAAAUUAUUCCAUCAAGUCUCUGCCCUGAUUGUUGUGAGGCAAAUGAGUACUUCAAACACUGUUUUUUUUAUUGUAGAAUCACUAGAGAACUGUGGGCAUUAACAAACCUCGACUAUAUAAGAGGAUAUGAUGAAGGCAAGCCCUGUGGACCUUGCGUGGAGAAACAUAUUUUUCGCUCCCCAUAUCUCCAAGAAUUAUGUAGCCUACAUAAUAUUCUUAUUCUAGAGAAUAUGGAAAGGCCGAUACAAGGCUACUUAUGGACACAUUUUAUACAAAUCACAAUUUCUAUACAGGCAACUAUCAGCGCAGGUGAAGGAAUGGAAAACAACAGAGGCAUAGAAGGUUUAGAAGUCAGAAGGAGUCCAAAUGGCAUCACCACACUCUUCCACAUGUCGUGGUUCUCAUGCACGGAGAACAGAUGCAACUUCGCAAAUGAAAGUGUUCUAGUAUGCUUUGAUGAGGAUAGAAAAAUCUCCCAAGGAUGUUCAACUGGCUUCAUCGGCUUCUCAAGUGAUGGAGUUAUUUCAUUUGCAGUUGGUAAAUUCUAUGAUGGUAUUUCUGAUGCCUAUACAUAAGAAUUACUUUCUAUUCGUGAUGCUAUGAGAUGGUGCCUCACCCAUAAUUUUUUUAUUGUUGUUUUUUGUGGGGACUAUUAAAUGGUCAUCAAGGAUGUGACAUCGAGGCAUGCUUCUCAUUUAAGAGCGGGAGCCAUCUUAGAGGAAGUUCACUCUCUCCUUUCCUCAUUUUUCUCAGUCUCUUGUUACUUUGCUCCUUGGAUAUUCAAUAGAGCUACCCACCUCGUGGCAAAAUAUGCCAUUUUAUCGAAAAUUUGGUUGCAUAUGGACUAGUGUUCUUUGUUAGUGUCUAUCUUGUAACUGUGUUGCCCGACCAUGCCCUUGGGGUUUAUUUUAGAUAAAAAGGUUAAAAGGGG